AUGUCAAGAGUUGUUUCAAAUCUCGUAAAUCAAAAUAAUCUAACUCCUAAAAUGAGCAUAUAUAAACUUAAUAAUUAUGCUGAAGAAUUGGAUAAAGACCUGAAGGAUUCCAAAGCACGCGAACACGCCAGAAAUAGAUUUCGAAAUUUAGGUUUUAGUGAAGAGCAAGUAUAUGCUCUUGUCCCCGUUCAAACAUCUGGGAAACGCGUAGCAGGAAGAGAACCUAUUAAGAAGACUGCAUUAUAUAUUAUGCAAAAUAAUUUAAAGGCAGAAGAAAUAAAUGAAAUUGCGUACGAUCUAGCAAAAACAACCACCAGUGAAGUAGCCCAAUCUUCACGUCUUGUAUUACUCCGGAAAGAGUUACGUAAACUUGGAGCCGAUUAUCAUACAAUGGAAGCUACAAAAAUACCUGAUAUCACCUAUAAAUCAAAUAAAAGGCAGAGAGAAUUGCAAGAACUAUGUGAAGAUGAGGGAUUCGACUGUCCAGAUUUCUUUACUCUAGAAAAAGUACAAGAGCAGUUACAAAAAUGUAAUACGGUUAGCUCUCCUUCAAUGCAAAACUUAACAGAUAUAAUGAUAAUAUUGUGUAUGAGACCGGCAGAUGUAGAAAAUCUUCGAAUAAAUCAUUACAAGCAAAGUGAUGAUGAAUGGUAUAAUUCUAAAUAUUCUUGGUAUUGUACCGGAUAUGCUAAAAACAAAAAUGAAAAAAGCGUACCUAGACCAUUCUUAUCAAUGGAAAAAAAUACUUAUCUGGAUCCAAAAAUCAAUACCGGAAAGAUUUCUAUCAAAAGGAAAAAAUGGUAA